AGGUUGUCUCGGAAGAGGAGGACGAAUUUGCAAGUGCUUCAGAAGGCGAAGAUGCACCACCUCUUCCUGUUCAAAUCGACGACAAGUCACAAAAGACGGCAACUGGAAAAGGUGCUGUCACAUUGGAUAGUCGAGAACAAGAAAAGGAAUCAACAUUCGACAAGAAUGUUGAACAGCCUUUAACAGCGUCAACUCCAAAUGCGCAUACAACGUCAGCGGGCCAGCAAGAAACCUCGGGUUGGAGCUCUUGGGGGUCCUGGUUAUCUUCUGCGGUUAGUACUGCCACUGAGGCUAUCGUCAUGGGGGAUGUAGACAGUUUAUACAAUCAAGCGAACACGAUAACUACGACUAUUCGACAUGUUGCCGCUGAACAAGUUGAUAGAGUUUAUGAAACACUCGAUCCCGACUUUACAAACGACAACACGAUUCGCGAAUCAGCAUCUAAUGGUCAACCGAGUAUCUCAUCAGAAAAUCAUGGUUCCAAAGAUAAGGUUAAUCAAGAGGUCGAAGGACAGACUGGCGAUGCUAUCAGGGAUACCGCCGAAGUUCUUCUUUCGACGAUUGAUAAGACUUUUGACUUUGCAUCAAAUGUUCUGGGAAAUGCCGUUUUGGGUGGAUAUAACAAACUCUCAACAGAAUCAGCAAAGCUUCAAGAACAGAUUCAAGUGGGCAGACUUUCUGAACAGCUUCAAGCAACCAGGCUUAUUGAGCCUAUUGGGAAUCUUGCAGAGAGG